UCUUUUCCUUCCUUCUUCCCUCUUCUUUACUACCCGACCUUCUUUUUCUUUUUCUUUUCCUUUUCUUUUUCUUUUUUUAUAUUUCACUCAUCUGCACUUCUUUUAACCUUCAACUCCUUCUUCUUCUCCUCCUUCUUCCUCAUAGUUUUCUAUUCCUUCUUUCCUUCACAGCACAUUCCUCCUCCUAUUCUGUCUUUAGGUCUCUCCGGAUAUUCUGUUCUCUCUACUCCGAGAUGGCAUCCAUCUAUCCUUACACUCAACAGCAUAUCUCACAGGGGAUCCCAACUAGCACUGCUGAGGUCUCUACUGUUUCAUCUGUUCCCAUUGGUGCUGUCCCCUUUGCUCUCCAUCAUCAACAGCAACAGCAGCCAUAUCAUCCUCAGAUGCAACUCCAUCAACAGCAUCUCUCACAGCAACAGCAGCAACAACAGCAGCAACAGCAGCAGCAACAGCAGCAGCAACAACAACAACAACAACAACAACAACAACAACAACAACAACAUCAACAGCUCUUGCAUCAACAACAACAGCAACUUCAGCACCAGUUGCAACAACAGCAGAAGCAACUUCAACAACAGCAUUAUAAAAGAGUACAAAGCAAUCCCAAAGCAAUUUUCCCAACACGUAACCAAACAUUACAACAGCGAAGAGCAAGCAAUCAACUUGCUCCCUCAAACCUUGUACUCUCGGCUGCAUUGUCUGCACCGCCAUCUUCUUCACCCUCAUCAUCAACAGCAAUCACAGCUGCAACAACAGCUGCGUCCACUUCACAGUCCUUGCCCAUAGUUAAUGCAGUAACGGCUGCACCCUCUUCUGUAGUGACCCUUUACCCUGCUCAUCCUCAACCUCAACCUCAAUCCCAGUCUCAAUCUCAGCCGCAGUUCCAGACGCAUUUGCAUCCACAGUCUCUGCAGUGCCGGAUGUCAGCCCAGCCUCCGUUGACGCCCCAAGACUGGCAGGGCUUGGUCGCCUCCGGGGCAUUGCCCGUGCGACAGGCCCUGCAAUCGUUUAUCGCGACCUCGUGCGAGAAACCUCCGGAGACGAGGGAAGAGGCCAGAGCCAUUCUUGAGGUUAUGUUUCAGAUCCGGGCGGACAAAAUCCGACAGGCGAUCGAGCAUGGCCAGCUGGCCACAACCGAGGCCUUGCAACAUCGGGUCAUCCAACGACGCGAAAGCGUUGUCGAAGGUUCAAGCAAGAGUUUGCGUCGUGAAAAUGGUCCGAAUCGAUCGAUGAGUGCCCCCUCCGGGAACAAGACUGCGACUACAAACAACCAGCCUUGGCUUCAACAACAGAUGACAGAUGAACCUAGUCUUAUGAUGGAGGAUCCUGCACCACUCUCUAAUGAACUUCAAGAUAGUGUGAUGAUACCCGACACAAACCUCUUUGGGGAUCAAGCAACGACCUUUGGGCUCUCGGAUGACGAUAUCAUGUCCAGUUUCACAACGUUUACUGCAAAGCUUGGUGAUUCUUUGGCCAAGAGCCCUGCUGCUACUUUGUAUGCACAACAGUAUUUUGGCGGUAAUACCCCCGAGAGCAUGAUGGAGCGACCCAAGAUGCAUGUGCAAACGAGUGUGCCCUCGCUCUCGCCCCCUUCCCUCGAACGUUCGCCCACAACAUCAAGUGACUCGAUGUCACCCUCGCCAUGGAUUCCAUGGAUGUCAUUGGAGCAGAGUCUUUUGGGCAAUUCCCAGGACCAGCAGCAGCAACAACAACAACCUCCAAUCUUUGUGAACGAGCCUACUACAUCCCAGCAGAACAACAGCAUGACCAUUAGUCUUCAACAAGUAUAUCCAUCAGGGAUGGGAAUGGGUGUAGGGAUGCAGCCAGGAUUCUCAGCACAGUCGAUGACAGAGCCUCAGAUGAUAUACCCCCAGGAUAUGUUUGCAGCACCCAUAUCGGCGGUUGUAUCUCCAAAUAAGAUUCAGCAGCAACAAUCGGAUACGUGGAAUCAAUAUAUGCAAUACCUGUUGUACCAACAGCAAGGAUUAGCCUUCACAUCUGAUCCACAACAGGCACAGCAACAACAGCAGCAAGGUCAAUUUGCGGCGGGCCAACAAGCUUAUUUGGAGCAAUCCCAAAUGGGAUCACAGCCAUACCCACUACGGGAUCCACAUUGGCAGGCGACCAUGAUGACCAUGAUGAUGAACCCAAACCCAGCCCUGUACUCCGUUAACAAUGGGCUUUGAUUCUGAUUGCGCCUCUUCUUUUCUUUUAAUCGAGUAGCUUUGCAUAUUGUGCUCUUUUCGCUAUUCAAAAACAUCUUUUUACUUUCUUUUUCCAUUUUCCAUUUUUCCAUUUUCCUUCUUUUCCUCUUAGUUCUUGUACCAUUAGUAUUCAGGGUUCAUUGUCACAAUUAUUCAUUCCAUUCAUCUCAAUAAAAAUUCAGGA